AUGUCAGACUGCGAGAUCAAUUUUAUGGAUAAUGACUCUGGGAAUGACUCAGAUAAUAACCAUGGCAAAAAACGUAAUAUAUUUAUGAAGAAAAGAGUCAUUAAGAAAAAAGCAGGUGCAGAUAAUAAGAAAAAGUAAUAAAAACUGAAAAAAGUAUUCACAUUCAGUCAUUCUAAGCCAAAUGGGGGCAGUAACAUUGAAGACGAUGAUGACAAUAACCAAGACAUAAAAGAGCAUGCCAAUCCUGAGGAGAGUAAUCCAUUUAGCAGUUUUUCUUUCGAUGGAGGAAAGAACAAUGGAAUUAUGGAACAAAGUUAGCAAAGUGAAUACAUGAAUGAUAAUGAUCUUGAUUCUUAGUACCCUGAACUAGGUAAAGAAAUCACCUAAGAUGAUGACUCAGCUAUCAGUAAAAAGUAAAACAGGUUAGACUGGUUCAAAAAGAAUAGAAUGUAUUUGAAAAGACUUCGAAAUCAAAAAGCAGAUGCCUCUUCCGCAUCAUAGAUCAGUGAUGGAAUAUUUGAUCCUGAUGGAGUCAACAAGGAUGAUUUAAUUGUUGAGUCAUUCAAUGCCCCUUCUUAGAAAAACAAAGGAUAGCAAGCAAAGGAGAUUGAAUUCUCACAGGCAUAAGAAAUAUACUCCAUGCCAGAAACUAUAACAUUUACUAAUACUGUUACGUAUGGUAGAAUCGUGGGAAAACCUUCAAAUGAAAAUUAGGAUAAGGAUGCCCCUCCAAUGGUUAAAUAUGUCAAAGGCUAUGGUCGCUUGAGCUUCUAUCAGAACAUACUUUUGCUUGCAGCUUUCAUAAAUUUUUCUCAAACGAAAUUAAAAGUUUAAUUAGUAUCGCUAUACUCUUUCCAAAGAGAUGGAAUCAAGAAGGGGAUCAAGUUCUAUGGGAGGAUUGUAAUUAAUGAUGAUUUUGGAACAGGUAAAUCUUUAUAAGCACUUGGCUUAUCACUAGCCUAUAAAAAUGAAUGGCCACUCAUGAUAUUGUGUCCUAAAUUUGCUCUAUACAUGUGGAGAUAUGAAAUUUUGAAGUGGUUACCUGGCUAUGACAUAAAUAAAAUAUAGAUAAUUAAGAAUGAAUCCUAAGCUUUUGAUUAGUAGUAUUCUAUAACUAUAAUAAGUUACGAUCACGCUGCAAUUAUGGCAAAUAAAAUUGAAGAUUAUAAAUUUAAAGUCUGCAUCGCCGACGAAGCAUAGAUUUUUAGAGCAAGAGAGUCUAAAAAUGGCAAAAUUUUGAUUAAUUUAAUCAGUAAUAUGAAAAGAUCUAUUGUUUUAACAGGAUGUAACUUAACAAAAAAGCCUCAAGAGAUUUACAGUCUCAUGCGUAUAGUAAGACCUGAUAUAAUGCCUGGCUUUUAUGAGUUUGGAUAUAGAUAUUGUGAUCCAAGAUAAUCCUUCGAAGGAAUUGAUUUCACCAAUGCCGGUAACAUGAUUGAGCUUAAGUAAUUGCUAGAUAAGAGAAUUCAGACUAUUUAUAAGCGAAAGUACAUCUUCAGUGAACUCCCAGACAGAAUGAGAUAAAAACUCGAAAUUACAGCUGAAACUCAAAUAGUAGUGAAAAUUCAAUCACUGCUAUAAAACUAUGUGAAGCCUUGGGAGGAUUAACACCCUAAUUAAAGUUUCUUCUUAGAGAUGUUCCAAAAUUUUUACGAAAAUCCUAAUAAAGAUUAAACUAAAUUUUUAUGUGAUCCAACUGAUGAUAGUAGACCUAGCUUUCAAAAGACGUUAAAGUAGAUUUUUAGAGAUUUAUAUGAUUACUCAGGUCUUGCAAAGUUAAAAGUUACACAAGAUAUAAUUGAUAAUAUUCUUGAAAAUGGAAUGAGAGUUUUGAUAUUCAGCUAUCAUCUAACCUUUAUUACUUCUAUUGAGGAUCAUUUAUCUAGAAAGACUAAGUUUUUAUUUCUAGGUAAAAAUGUGGAUGAUGAUUAUAAGCAAGAUAUAUGUGAUAAAUUUAACAAUGAAGAUGAGUAUAAAGCUGUUUUGAUAGACUUGAGUGAAGAUCUAUCAGAUAUUAAAUUCAAUACGCCUAAUACUAUCAUUCUGUUUGCUGAGACGUUUUGGAAUACCCUGUAUAUUGAAAGAGCUGAGAAGAUGAUAGAUACACCUGGCUAGAAAUCAGCUAAUAACAUAAUUUAUCUCUACGGUAGAUACACUUUAGAUGAAUACAUCUAUAAACUAUUAUACAAUUAAAACUAGAGUUUAUACUCAGAACUUGAGCCUCUCUAACUUGAUUUGCAAAACUUUAGAGUUCAAUAAACGCUUGGAUAAAAUUAUGAUGAAAUAAAGGACACAUAAGUCAAUUGGAAUACCCAAGCCUUUGCCACAUAUACUUAACUAACUUAAAACUAGCAAAAUACAGAUUUUCAAGCAAUCGAUCCUCUUGCGCCAGUUUAGAUCUAUCAAAAGGGAAAUUUAACUCUUGAAAACAUGUUUUUAAGGUAGCAUCUUGACAAUCGACAACAGGAAUAUCUAAAGGAAUAAAAACAUGUUACGAAUAAAGAUAAAUAGAUCAGCUAGGAAUCAUAAGAUAAAGAUAGCGAUAGAAUUGAAGGUUCUUAAUCAGAUAUUAAUGACGAAGAUCUGGUUGGGGUUAUGACUUAAAAAGCUGGCAAUAAAAUUAAAAGUAAGUAAAAAGAGGAAGUAAAAGAGGAAAUUAAAAUAGAGGAGUAAAAGUGUGAAUUAGAUGAUCUAGAUGAUGACGAAUUGAAUGAAAUCCUAGGUCUUUGA